GUCUCAGUUAUAUCAGUCUUCCUCUCUCUCUCUCUCUCUCUCUGGCUCUGGCUCUGGCUUUAAUGGCAAAACAACCCGUGAAAUACUUCGUGGCUGACGCGUUCACUGACUUGGCGUUCAAGGGAAACCCGGCAGCGGUUUGUUUGUUGGAGGAAGAGAGAGAUGAGAAAUGGUUGCAGGCAGUAGCGACCGAGUUCAACCUCUCCGAAACCUGCUACUUGACUCGCAUCUCUGAUUCGGAGUCUCCCGACUCGUCCCGCGGAACUCAAAACCCUAGGUUUCGUCUCAGAUGGUUCACUCCCACCGCUGAGAUUGACCUUUGUGGUCAUGCAACAUUAGCAGCUGCACACGUUCUUUUUACGUCUGGUUUGGUAAAUACCAACAAAAUUGAGUUCUCCACGCUAUCUGGAAUUCUCACUGCCCAGAAGGUGCCUGAAAUUAAAAAACCAGAUAUAAACUGUCUGGAUGCUGAAGCACAACAGCAGUUCUUCAUUGAAUUAGACUUUCCUACUGUCAUGGUGGUUGAGUGCGAUUCAGUUGAGGUUUCAUCAGUUCAUAAAGCUUUGAAAGGUGCAUCAGUGAUUGAUAUUAAGAAGACAGGAAAUAACCUCCUUGUUGAGCUCUCAUCAGCGAAAACUGUUGCAGAUUUUCAGCCUGAGUUUGAUGAGAUAGAAAAAUGUCCUGGACAGGGAUUAAUUAUAACAGGGCUUGCACCUGCUCACUCUGGAUUUGAUUUUGUCAGUCGUUACUUCUGUCCAAAAUAUGGAGUCAAGGAGGAUCCGGUCACUGGGAGUACACAUUGUGCCUUGGCACCCUAUUGGUCCAAAAACCUGGGAAAGUGUGAUUUUGUUGCAUAUCAGGCAUCUCCUCGAGGUGGAACGUUGCGCCUGCAUUUGGAUGAGCAGAAGCAGAGGGUGCUUCUUCGAGGGAAAGCUGUUCCUGUGAUGGAAGGUUUGCUUUUAGCCUAAAUUUGCAGCAGUUGGCAUUCUGCAUGUACAAGCACGCUCAAGAAAUUUAUAAUUUGAAGGUUGAAGGUUGAAGGUUGUACCGUCUUUAUGUUGUAUUUUUAUCUCUCAUAUAUGUAAUGUUUUUUUAUUGCAAAACAAAAUUAAAAAAAAAAAAAAAAUUGUAAUGACUAUUGAUAAUGGAACCGAAACCCUCUUUAUCGGCUGA